GAGUCCCCCCCUUUUCUUUUUUUUCUAGUGGCUCACUGUUCAGUGCACAAUGACUCAAUGAAAAGUGGAGGGGAGAGGCAAACACACUGUACGGCUGCACGAGAGAGAGAGAGGGAGAGCAGAGAACACACAGGAGAGUAGAAGAAGAGAAGCCAAUUGGAAGGAGCUCUAAAGCUGGGGACAAGAAGAAGAAGAAGAAGAGGAUAUACUUGUCUUUUUUCCCCCUCUAUCUUUCACUCUCUGAAAGGCCACUUUGGCAUCAAGUUGCAGCCGCUCAGUCCAAGCUGAACUUCACCUGGCUGUGCUGCUGUCUGUCUCAGCCUCUUUAAGCAUUUUACUCAUUGUACUUUAAGCAUUUUCGUCCACUUUUGGAGGGGGUUGCACUGCUGCUGGUGUUGGUGGUCAGUCAUCCCUGGGAGGGGAUAGGAUCUGUCGACUGGUUUCUGCAGUGUGGUGGAGUGCUGCAGGAGAGUAGGAUGCCUGCUGGGAGAAGCAGGGAUGGAGCUGGGUCAGGAGGCUGUGGGACGGCGGCAUUGGCAGUGGCCCCGGGCCGGGCUCUUCGAUCUGGGCUGCGGACGAUGCUGGCGUGGGGCAUCCUGGCGCUGGUGGCAGGACGAGGAGGUGUGGAGGCGUGUCCCGCUCCCUGCAGCUGCCUGGGGAACACGGUGGACUGCCAUGGCCUGGGGAUCCACUCCAUACCCAGAAACAUCCCCAGAGGGACUGAGAGGCUCGAUCUAAACGGAAACAAUCUGACCGUCAUCACCAAGGCAGACUUCUCUGGCCUCAAACACCUCAGAGUCCUUCAUCUGAUGGAGAACCAGAUCGGUAACGUUGAGAGAGGAGCUUUUGAUGAACUGAAGGAGCUGGAGAGACUCCGCCUCAACAAGAACCGUCUGAGAGAACUUCCAGAGCUCCUGUUUCAGAAGAACGAAGGCCUGUCUCGACUGGACCUGAGUGAAAAUAGCAUCCAGGCCAUCCCAAGGAGGGCCUUCAGAGGAGCCACGGACCUCAAAAACCUUCAGCUGGAUAAAAACCACAUCAGCUGUAUCGAGGAGGGGGCGUUCAGAGCUCUGCGAUCUCUGGAAGUACUAACGCUGAACAACAACAACAUCAGUACUAUUCCAGUCUCCAGUUUCAACCACAUGCCGAAGCUCCGCACCUUUCGUCUCCACUCUAACUCUCUACGCUGUGACUGUCACCUGGCCUGGUUGUCUCCAUGGCUGCGGCAGCGGGCGGCUUUAGGCCUCUACACUCAGUGCAGCUCUCCUCCCACGCUGAGGGGCCUCAACCUCGCCGAGCUGCGCAAGAGCGAUUUCGCCUGCUCAGGGCACGGCGGCAGUGCCUUCGUUCAGCCGUGCAGCCUGGCAUCGGGCUCCUGUCCUCCCAUGUGUUCCUGCAGCAACAACAUCGUGGACUGUCGAGGGAGGGGCCUUACUGCCAUCCCUGCCCACCUCCCUGAGGCCAUGACGGAGAUUCGAUUGGAGCAGAAUGGCAUCAAGUCUGUUCCUCCGGGCGCCUUCACCUCCUACAAGAAGCUUCGUCGAAUAGACCUGAGUAACAACCAGAUAUCUGAGAUCGCUCCUGAUGCUUUCCAUGGCCUCCGAGCUCUCAACUCCCUAGUUCUGUAUGGUAAUAAGAUCACCGAGCUGCCCGGCGGAGUGUUUGAUGGCCUGGCCUCUCUGGAGCUGCUGUUGCUGAAUGCCAACAAGAUCCACUGCAUCAGAGCAUCAGUGUUCAAAGAUCUGGAGAACUUGGCUCUGCUGUCGCUGUAUGAUAACAAAAUCCAGAGUCUGGCAAAAGGCACCUUCAGCUCACUGCACAGCAUCCAGACACUCCACCUGGCCCAGAACCCCUUCGUGUGUGACUGUAAUGUGAAGUGGCUGGCCGACUUCCUGCGUUCAAACCCCAUAGAGACCAGCGGAGCGCGCUGCGCCAGCCCUCGCCGCCUCGCCAACAAGCGCAUCGCACAGAUCAAGAGCAGCAAGUUCCGCUGCUCCGCCAAGGAGCAGUACCACAUCCCAGGUACUGAGGACAGGCGUCUGAGCUACGAGUGCAACAGUAAGCCGGUGUGUCCUGCAAAGUGUCGCUGUGAGGCAAACGUGGUCGACUGCUCCAACCUCCGCCUCACCAAGUUCCCUGAACACCUGCCGUCCUCCACCGAAGAGCUGCGUCUCAACAACAACGACCUCUCCGUGCUGGAGGCCACCGGUGCCUUCAAGGGCCUGUCGCAGCUCAAGAAAAUUAACUUGAGCAACAACAAGAUCUCAGAGAUUGAAGACGGGGCGUUUGAAGGUGCGUCCUCAGUGGUGGAGCUUCACCUGACAGCCAAUCACCUGGAGUCUGUGAGAGGGAGCAUGUUUAAAGGCAUGGAGGGACUGCGCAUGCUGAUGCUGAGGAACAACAAGAUCAGCUGCAUCCAUAACGGCAGCUUCACAGGUCUGAGCAACGUCAGGCUGCUCUCCCUCUACGACAACCAGCUGAGCACCAUCCUGCCUGGAGCCUUCGACACCCUGCCCAACCUUUCCACACUGAAUCUUCUGGCAAAUCCUUUUAACUGUGACUGCCGUCUGUCCUGGUUUGGUGCGUGGCUUCGGAGCCGACGAAUCGUGACAGGGAAUCCUCGCUGCCAGGGUCCUGCCUUCCUCCGAGAGAUCCCCCUGCAGGAUGUUGCUGUACCUGACUUCCGCUGUGAGGAUGGCUCUGUUCUGGAGGACAGCAGCUGUGCCCCGGGGCCUCAGUGUCCCAGCCAGUGUACCUGUAUGGACACAGUGGUCCGCUGCAGCAACAAACACCUGCAGGCUCUGCCCAGAGGACUCCCCCGCAACGUCACUGAACUGUAUCUGGAUGGUAACCAGUUCACCAGUGUUCCUAAGGAGUUAGCCACUUUCAAAUACCUGCAGCUUGUAGAUCUGAGCAACAAUAAAAUCAGCUCCCUCUCCGAUGACUCCUUCUCCAACAUGAGCCAGCUCACCACUCUGAUCCUCAGUUACAACUCUCUACGCUGUAUCCCUCCUCUGGCCCUGGGUGGCCUGCGCUCCCUGAGACUGCUCUCUCUCCAUGGCAACGACAUCUCCGAGCUGCAGCAGGGCAUCUUCAGCGACGUGGCCUCUCUGUCUCACCUAGCGAUUGGAGCCAACCCUCUGUACUGUGACUGCCGUCUGCUCUGGCUGUCUGACUGGGUGAAGAGCGGCUAUAAGGAGCCCGGUAUCGCCCGCUGUGCCGGACCCCGCGGCAUGGAGGGCAAGCUGUUGCUCACCACUCCCGCCGACAAGUUUCAGUGUCUGGGUCCAGUCGAGGCAUCUGUUCAGGCCAAAUGCAGCCCAUGUGUGGCGUCUCCCUGCCAGAACCAGGGCGUUUGUCAAGUCCACCACACAGAGUUGUAUACCUGUACCUGCAAGUCUGGCUUCACGGGUAAACACUGUGAGACUCCAGUCGACGCUUGUGUCAGUAAUCCCUGCACCAACGGAGGGCUCUGCAUCAGUGAUGAACAGACCAGAGGGUUCAGCUGUGCAUGUGCAUUUGGUUUCCACGGUACUUUCUGCGAGGUGAACGUGGACGACUGUCAGGACCACGGGUGUGAGAAAGACGCCACCUGUGUGGACGGAGUGGGCAACUACACCUGCUUGUGUCCGCCAAACUACACAGGUCUGUUUUGUGAGGAGGAGGAGGAUGUGUGCUCUCCAGGUAGAAACCAAUGUCAGCAUCAGUCCACCUGCAUCAGCACUCCUACUGGCCCCAGGUGUGUGUGUAUCCCAGGCUGGGUGGGGCCGGACUGCGGUAUAGAUUAUAAUGAAUGUGUGGACAAUCGCUGUCAGAAUGGAGCUCAGUGUGUCGACCAUCUGGAUGGCUACAGCUGCGUCUGUCCACAGGGAUACAGUGGUGAGUUUUGUGAAGUGGCCCUACCUCCCCCGUCUCUCUGCCAGCUGACCCAGUGUCAGAACGGCGCCACCUGUGUGGAGAAGACGGGGACUGCGAUCUGUCAGUGUCUGCCGGGCUUCGAGGGUCAGAGCUGCGAGAAGCUGGUCAGCGUCAACUUUGUUGACAGGGAUUCUUAUGUUCAGCUGCAAGACGUCAAGAACUGGCCUCAGGCCAACAUCACACUGCAGGUGUCAACAGCAGAGGAAAAUGGUAUCUUGCUCUAUAACGGAGACAACGAGCCAAUCGCUGUGGAGCUCCAUCAGGGUCAUGUGAGGGUCACAUAUGAUCCUGGGAACCAGCCUGCCACUGCUAUCUACAGCACUGAGACAGUGAAUGAUGGGCAAUUUCACACGGUGGAGCUGGUGACCUUUAAUCGAAUGGUGAACCUGUCUGUGGACGGAGGAGAGCCGACAACUCUGGACAGUCAGGGCCGGAGCCAGCCGGUGACGGGGGAUGCACCUCUGUAUGUAGGAGGUAUGCCCGAGGAGGUGAUGGACGCCUCUCUGGGUCUCUCCUCCCAGACCCUCAACAUGUCCAGUUUUCACGGCUGCAUCAGGAACCUCUACAUCAACCAUGAGCUGCAGGACUUCACCCGCAGCCACAUGAAGCCAGGGGUGGUGCCAGGCUGUCAGCCCUGCCGCAAGCUCUACUGUCUGCAUGGGAUCUGCCAGCCCAACGCUGCACAGGGUCCCCAGUGUCACUGCCAGCCCGGUUGGACAGGACAACAUUGUGACCAGCCAAUAACAGGAGGCCUUACUGGAGCCGAUGUUGUCACCACGGCAACUGGUGUCAACCCGUGUGAAGGAAGCAAGUGUGUGAAGGGUGCGUGUGUGGCACUGGACACACAGACUUACCGCUGCGACUGUGUGGAAGGAUACCAUGGUGCGUUGUGUAACCUGCAGGAGGAGCCGGCGGGGUUGUGCCAGGGUCUGCAGUGUUUGCACGGCCAGUGUCAGAUGACGGAGGACGGAGAGCGCUGCGUCUGUGAGCAGGGAUACACCGGAGAGAGCUGUGAUAUAGAGUCCCCGUGUCAAGGUGAGCCGGUGAGAGAUUACCACCGCCUGCAGCAUGGGACCGUCCUCUGCCAGACGUCCAAGCCUUUCUCCUGGGUGGAAUGUCGGGGGCGGUGCCAGGUGGGAACCGAGCCGGGCGCCACCACCGCCACCUCCUGCUGCGCUCCUCUAAGGGUCCGACGUCGACGGCUCACUUUCGAAUGCGACGACGGGACCUCGUUUACGCAGGAUGUGGAGAAGCCUGUGGAGUGUGGCUGCAAGGAGUGUGUGUAGUACUGUGGAUGAAACGGUGCGCACAUACACACAUGCAGAUACACACACACACAUGUCUAAACACAACACGCACACACCAAGCUGUACACACACUGUAAGGAUCACUGAUAAACAGACAUUUUGGUGUUUGUUUUGUGUGUUUUUCGCGCACAGAUGCAGUUUUGUAACAUAAGACAGUCCUCCCAUCUCGAAACAUGAAAUCAACGACUCAACCUCAUCGUCGUCUUCCUCCUCUUCACCUGCUGCAGCAGAGCCUGCGCGCUAACUACCUAACUCCAGCUCAUCUUUAAUACUCGUGUGUGAAAAGCCUCCGUAUGCCUUCUUGUAUGUGUUUUUGAUGUGUGGCUGGUUAAGUGCUGCUCUUCAUUCCCUCACAGCUGCGACAGUGAGCUUAUCGCAAGACAUAAAGGUACUAAUUUAAGCCAGGGACUCGUUUAUGAAAUACAAGGUCUCUCAGUAAAAUUUGACAUGUUAAAAAUCAAUGUAAAUAUUUCACCUGUCAGAUUUCAUGUGCAGGUGUUUCUGAGUGGCAGCACUGAGGUCUGUCGGUUUGACGAAGGAGGGAACUGCUGGUGAAAUAAAGCUACAUUUUAAAGUAUUGUUGCUGCAGACGUGACUGCUGUUUAGGCUCCAGAUUAUCUGCUUCUCUGAAGAGGGUUUAAGCAAGUGAUUGAAACGACUUUAUGUGUUGAUCUUACAAUAAUCAGGAAGGUGAAAUCAUGAGCCUGUCAUCACAUGGUACCCACAGGGUCUUUAAAGUAUUUAAAAAGCAUGAAAUUUAACCUUCUCAAACGAGGGCUUUAAGGUAUUGAAUUUCGUUUACAGAGGUCUUGAAAAAUCUUGGAUCUUGAAAAGCCUUUCAGACCAUUGCUCACAUACUUCAAAAGAUAAAAUCAGCGCGAUAUUCAAAACAGUUUUUACCAACUCUAAGAUCUUGGUUUGUUCUGCAAGUGGAAACAACAAGACGGCGUACAUCGCCAAAUUUGGUCUGGCUGCGUUCAUCACGAAACAACCGACUGACCAAAUCAGAGAAGCCACCCAUUUUGUUGUUAUGUUUAAUGACAAAACAACAAAGACCAAACAGUUUAAUAUGAUUGUGAGUAUUAUAAUAAAUUGUUUUACUGAAUUUAAGUACUUAGAAAACAAUUCUGUUCUAGGGCUUAAAAUCAAUACUGGUUUUUCUAUGAUGUCCGUCAUACUUUUGCCAGUAUGGCCAUGAAACUGACAUUGAUUUUUUUUCUCAGAGGUAUUAAAAAGGUCUUAAAGAGUUUUAAAUUUAACUUAAAAAGGUCCUGAAAGGUCUUAAAUUUAACUUGGAGAACCCAGGGGGUACCCUGCAUCAUCCUCACAAAAUUACAUUUAAAAAGCAGAAACUCUGAAACACAGAAUGUGUCGUAAACACAAAAUAAUGUCCUGAUUGAAGGGUGUGUCUAAGACACAGCUUUAACAGUCCUUCCUCUUACAAUACAUCCAAACAGAACACACUGUAGGAAUAAUUUUUCCCCUUAAAGCAACUGGAAGCUGUAGGUUAUAUCAACGACAAGCUAAAGUACAGAAAUAUGAAUACAGACCGUAGCUAGUCAUUUUAGUCAGGACAGUUUAUGCAUUCUCGAUUUUACUUAUUACUUAUAACAGAUUUUAUGUCCCGCACAACGUGACAACAGAAUAGAUUUUAAAUUAAAUUUAGGCAAUUAAAUGAAGGCUGUGGCUUCCAUUUUAAAUUAAAAUAAACUAUGAAAGUCUUGCUCACAGUAGAAACCUUUAAAUCCUAGAAUAAAUGCAGGUUAUUGAGUUUAGCUCAUAAUCCCAAUGUAAAUAAAAAGGUCACCCUGCCAGCAUACAUAGCCUGAAGGUCAAAGGUCACAGGGUUCACAGGGGACAGCAGAGGGGUCAUGAUAGGUUCCCAUUGCUGCUCACCAGACACCCUUUCUCCCAGUUUAGACUGGCGGGGGGGCUGGGAGUGUGUGUGUGUGUGUGUGUAUGUUUUGUACUCCUAUCCUUGUGAGGACCAGUGCUUACAGACCUUGAGAAUAAGAAAAUAUUUUGGUUGUUUCUCACUUCCUCAAUGGUCGAUUUCUGGGUUUAAAGGACAGUUCACCCCAAAAUCCAAAAUACAUAUGGUUCCUCUUGCCUGUAGUGCUAUUUAUAAAUCUAGAUUGUUUUCGUGUGAUUGUAUCGGCCAUGACGAUAUCUGUCUUCUCCCAAAUGUAAUGGAACUAGAUGGCACUUGGCUUGUGGUGCUCAAAGCGCCAAAUCUAAUUUUCUUUCUACCUAAUUACACAAGCCAACCUGUAUCACAGCGCAGAAGGAAGCAUGCAUCAACUGCCAGCUCACCUAGUACCACUGAACUGGCCAACGUUACAGCUCAGCGAGGAGGAAGCCAUUAAUGUUCACAUCUUGCACUUUCACAAGCUGGAGCCUUUUGUCCAUGAGCAGAUGUACGUUUGCUAAUCUCUUUAAACACAUGUCUGCAUACAGAUGCAGAAUCCGUAGGUGACAGGACUAGAUUUUGGUAUUUAUAGUGUUUUAGUUUCUGUUUGUAGACUACAAGUCUGACCAAUCAUGUUUGAACAGAGGUGGAGCGCAUUGGCUGAAAUGCAUCUCUGAACCCAUCGUCUAUCGUCUGUUGACGAGUUAGCUUUAUAGUGGCUUUUUUAAUGUAUCUGCAUUCAUAUAUGUAUUUAUAGGGAUUAGUCAAAAUAAUUUGUGCACAGAGGACGACGCUUUGGCUUGCUCAGCCUGAAAUAUUGCCCCCAGAGGCUUUAUUGUUGUCAAACGAUAGCUGAUGGGUUCAGAGAUUGUGCUCUUCGUUAUGCGCGGUGAUACAAAAAAAAAUCCUACAUGAAACUGCUCACAACAAGGUCUGUGGAUUAUCUUGAGUGAUGGGGUCAUGAU